AUUGAGCACCAGCACAACGCCAAUGACACGCGGCUAGCGAUGGUGUGCGGAGCGCCGGAUGGGCGCGAAUUUCUUCCAGCAUAAGGGUGUACAUAUAUUGCGAUGCUCCAGUGGCCGGCGUGCUCACUUGUAGUAUUUUUUGUAGUACAAUGCAUUAGAAGUUCCCAUGCCUUCGUAGCAGUAGCAGCCAAGCAGGCUUAAGCCAGCUAUUUGUUCUGCGAACUCUUGCUGUGAGCAACCUAGAAAUAAAGCCUGUGACCCUCCUCUCACCUUACUUUCUUGCAUUCGUACAUGUAUAUGCCCUUGGCCCUUGUUGUUCCAUAUAUGCAUGUACUUGCGUACGCACGCAUCUCUCUCCCUCCCUCCCCUCCAUCUGCAGCGGGGACGGACGACGGGCAUGACCGGCGGCGGCAGCGGCGGCGCGUGCGCGGUGUGCAAGCACCAGCGGCGCAAGUGCGAGCCCAACUGCGAGCUGGCCGCCUACUUCCCGGCGCACAGGAUGAACGACUUCCGGGCGCUGCAUCUCGUCUUCGGGGUGGCCAACCUCACCAAGCUCAUUAAGGCCAACGCCACCGAGGCUGCCCGCCGGCGCGCCGCCGAGACGCUCACCUGGGAGGCGCGCUGGCGGGAGCGCGACCCCUCCGAGGGGUGCUACCGCGAGGUGUCCUGCCUGCGCCGCGACAACGCCGUGCUGCGCGCCGAGAACACCGCUCUGCGGAGGCAGCUGGCUGAGCAGCAGCAGCUGUUGCUCUGGUCCAGGGCUGCCGCCGCUCCCUCUGCCAACAGCAACAUGGCCGGAGGCUGCUACAACGGCAACGCCGGCGGUAAUGGACUCGUGGUGGCCGUGCGACCGCCGCCUCAUGCCCCCGCAGCUCCGGCAGCGCAGACCAUGUUGGCCUACCGCGGCGUGUCGGUUUGCCCGGCGACGGCCAACGGCAGGAAGUCGGCACCGGAUGCGCCUCCGUCGCCAUGAGAGGAUGCCAAGCCGAUCCUUCUAGGGACAUCAAGAGCAACGCCAGGUGAGGAUGCUCUUGUAUUCCUCCAUGCGUUCAAGUGCCAAGGCUUUGCAUGCUGGAUAUACACUGGCUUCUCCGCACUGUCUUUGCAACUGCAGGUGACGCUGCUGCUAGCCACUGGGCACAAAGAGGGUACCAAGAAUUGAUUUUGAAUUCAAAAAAAUAAGACAUGUGGGCUUCAUCUUAAUUUUGCCUUAUGAUUACCCAUGUUCUGCUCGAGCAGGACACGGACAAUUCCAGGUAGAAGAAACCAGUUAUGUAUAUUGAUUGAUUUAAGCCGCCGGUUAUCAUGAUGUACGAUGAUUGUUAAUCCAGCUAUGUGAUCCCAGAAAUUAC